CGCAUUCAUUCCUCUUCCAGUUGUACUUGUAUACGAACUCCUCCUCAUUUUUAAUUUAACGUGAUCUUUCUCUCUUUCUCUGCUACAAUUUGGAAACUUCUAGCUAAUUAAGGCUUCUUCUUUAAUUUGAAAGCAAGACCACAUUUUUAAUUUCUUCAUAUGGAUACCGGAGAGGAGAAACCUGUUGUGGUCGUCGGUAUCGACGAAAGCGAGCAGAGCACUUACGCCUUGGAGUGGGCCCUCGAUCGUUUCUUCGUUCCCUUCUCUCCUAAUUUUCCCUUUAAGCUCUUCAUCGUCCAUGCCAAACCUAACGCCGUCUCUGCCGUUGGUCUCGCUGGUCCCGGAACUGCGGAGGUUGUGCCUUAUGUUGAUUCCAAUUUGAAGCAUAUGGCUGCUAGGGUUAUCGAGAUGGCCAAAGGAAUCUGUCAGAGCAAAUCUGUUCAUGGCGCUAAAUUUGAAGUUUUUGAAGGUGAUGCAAGAAGUAUCCUGUGCGAUGUUGUGGAUAAACACCAUGCUUCUCUUCUUGUCGUGGGAAGCCACGGUUAUGGAGCUAUCAAGAGGGCGGUUCUGGGGAGCGUGAGCGACUACUGUGCGCAUCAUGCUCAUUGCUCGGUGAUGAUCGUGAAGAAGCCAAAGAUAAAGGGCUGAUGAUCACCUAACAACCCAAGCUGUUUAUCUCAGUCAAAUUAAGCUAAGGUCUCAUCUGCAUAGUCAAAUAAAAUGUGAAACGAUCCAAAGACAAAAUCAUGUAUCAUUUAUAUAUCAUCUUCUACAUUUUGUACGUAUGUGCGUGACAUCAAAUAUUUGUGUGUAAAAUUGUUUUAUUGCAUGGCAUGUACUCUUGAAUCCAUUAAACUAUUUUUCUUUUAAAAAAAUUAUAUAAUACAACUGUGGUUAUCUGCUUA